AAGUCGAGGAAGGCGUAGUGGGUUAUUUCCUCAAGCAGCAGCCUUAAUUGAAAAUUGAAAUUCCAAACAUUGCACGACUCAAGGACACAUUCGUCAAUUUCAUAAUCUCCAACCUACUGCGUUAGGUAUAUGAUCCGUAUAUGGAUAAGCUUUCCUUAUUUUAAUUUCGAAGCACCGACAAUUCUCAAUUAAAUAAUUAUUCCCACCGCCGCGCCAUUUCAAUUUCUUCCGUCUUUCUCUGCUUCACACGCCUUUCCCUCCGACUCUUCUAUAUAUACCCUUCCUCCCUCAUUUCCCCAUUUCAAACCACAAAUCAAAACAAAAAUUUUAAAAAUAAACUUACAUGAAAAAUGGUGGAUUUGGAUUGGAAAACCAAGAUGAUCGGCUCUGAUAUAUCCAACAAAUCGCCUAAAUUCUCCAACAAGCUCCAGAUUACGAUUCCGCCACUAAAGCUCCGCCUCGCUGAGCUGGCGGCCGCAUCAGAGUCGUUGUGUUCGGCGUACGAGCAAUAUCUCCGCCUCCCGGAGCUGUGGAAGCUAUGGGAAGCUACCGAGUUUCCUGAAUGGAAGAGCGAGUCGAUUCUCAAACCGGCUUUCACCGGCCUCGAAAUUACCUUCCGCUUCAUCUCGACGGUUCUGUCCGACGCAAGGCCAUACGCGAACCGGCGGGAAUGGCGGCGGAGGAUCGAAGCUCUCGCGAUGAGCCAGAUCGAGUUUAUCGCACAGUUAUGCGAGGACGACGAGGACGGCGGCGAGACGCGUGCUACUAUUCCGAUCGUGGAUCUCUCCGCUUCCGCUGGCGCACUAGCGGCGACGAACAGCUCGGCGGAGGUGUGGAAGAUGGCGGACGACACGGUGGUGGUGAGCCACGUCAGCGAGGAGAGCCUCCUGCCGCGCCUGGCCACGUGGCACAGGUUCGAAGACGUCGCUCGGAAAAUCCAGUACGAGAUCGAGUGCCAGAUGCAGGGGUGCCCGUACACGCUCGGCUUGGGAGAACCGAACCUGAGCGGCAAGCCGAGCCUCAAUUACGACCUGAUCUGCAAGCCGGCGGCGGUGCACGCGCUGAAGAGGUGCCCGAUCGACGACGUCGAAUCGAAGAACUCGGAGAACAGGACGCUAUACUCGACGCAUCAGGUUCUGGAGUCGUGGAUCCGAGUCGCGAAGCAGUUAAUCGCGAGGAUCGGCGAUGAGAUCGAUUCGCGGCGCUACGAGGAAGCGGCGAGCCAUUGCUGGCUGCUGGAGAAGGUGUGGUCGAUCCUCACUCAGAUCGAAGAUCUGCACCUGUUGAUGGAUCCGGAUGAUUUCCUGCGGCUGAAAAAUCAGCUCGCGAUCAAAGCAAAAUCCGAUUCGGAGCUCUUCUGCUUCAGAUCUCGCGAGCUCGUGGCGGUGACGAAGUCGUCCAAGGAUCUGAGGCACAGUGUGCCGGCGGUUUUGGAGGUGGAGGUGGAUCCGAGCGGUGGACCUAGGAUACAGAACGCGGCGAUGGAGCUGUACAGGAGAAAGGAGGAAUCCGCGAAAAUCCACCUGCUGCAGGCGAUGCAGGCGGUGGAGGGGGCGGUGAAGAGGUUUUAUUUCUGUUACAAGCAGCUAGUGGCGGUUGUGAUGGGGAGCUUGGAGGCGAAGGCGAAUGGUGAAUCCGGCGAUUUGUUGAGCCAGAUAUUUCUGGAGCCGACCUAUUUCCCGAGCUUGGACGCCGCUAAGACGUUUCUCGGGGAGCGUUGGAGCCACGACGGCUUACGACGUUGACUCUAGUCCAACCUGACGUUAAGAAUUUAUGCCAUUCUUUAUUUUUUCUUUUGUAGAUUAAAAUUUUUUCAGUUAAUUUUGGUGAUUUGUUAAAUUUCUAUAGUACACGUGUCAAAUUAUUUUCUGAA